CGUGAUGGGGAAACGGAAGAUCAUCGAGAAGCGUGCCUGGAAGGCUCUCCGCCGGUACUACACAGAGGGCAAGGCUUUCAAGGUCUCCGCCACGGAAGAAUGCCUGCAGUGCAGUCAGAGAGAGAGGGAAGAGAAGGAACGUCUGGAGGAGGAGCGGAGAAACCGAGACUUGGAGCUCUCUGCCUCGCCGGCUUUAACGGCGCUGUACGCGCGGAGGACAGGUGGGCAGGCGCGGGGAAGACGGGAAAGGAAAUUGGACAGAGAAGACCGCCACAUAUUCUCCGCUCUUCCCCAUCCCCGCCCGCCUUCAGGUUGCCCCCCCUCCUCCUUCUCCCUCCCUCCUUCCUCCUCCUCCUCCGCCCUCUUCCUUCCCCCGCUCGACCCCGGGCUCUACCACCUUCUCCCUCGCUGCUGGUUGACGGUCUGGCGCAACUACCUCCGAGAUCCCCGGGCGCCUCGUCCUCGCCCCCCCGACCUCUCCCUCCUUCUCUGCGAGGCCCACGGCCUCCCUCUCGUCCCUCCGCACAUCUCCUCCUUCUUGGACGGGGAGAAGAAAGGUGUUCUCUCCUCGCUGAAUGGUCGGUCGGGCGUCGUCUGCGAGAUCGUCUCGGUGGAGGAAUGGGACGAGCUGAUGAAGCACUACCCCACAGACUACUGCCUCAAUUGCGAGCCUGGAGUGGACGAUAUGAGUGUUACUUACCGAAAUCGGCAGCGGAAGUGGAGCUUCUGAAUAAAAUUAUCCGAGGGACAGAAUCAAAAUGUCAGAUUGAAGGAAGCUUGAAUUGGUAUGAGAUUGAUACGCCUGAAAGAGGGUGUUAGGAAUUCGGUUGUAGGCAUUUAAGUUUACGUAUUGAACAAGAACUGAGGAAAGUAAGUCCGAUAGGGCUUCACAUUUAAUGAUGAACCAGAAGCCCGGGAGAAGAGAAGUGGAGAGUGGAGGAAAUUUAUAAAAAUUAGGGACAAGAUCG